AUGGGGGAUUUCGCCUUCUCUGAUGCUCUUUUACCCCUGGAUCCUGGGGCACACUCACCUGCUGGCAGCUGGGAUUACUUACCACCUGCAUCAUCUUUUCGGAGGCGGCGGCUGGCACGGAGGCCGGGCUACAUGAGAAGCACAGCUGGGCCUGAGAUCGGGUUCCUCUCUCCAGCAGUGGGCACACAGUACUGUGUCCUGGAAGGGGCAGGCAGCCAGGAGUCCCACAACUCAGAGUCCAGUGCUGAAAGCUGUGGCCAGCGGCGAAGCCCCAAGGUAGGGACUUCUGUUCCCCAGAGCACAACAGAUCCUCCUGUGACCUCUCUGGACUGUGUAGGCGGGGCUGUGACCACUGCAAGAGGAACGUCAGCAUGCUCUGGGAUUCAGCUCAGAGCUGAUAGGCUAACUGGGCCAUGUGGCCCUGUGCACACUGGAUGUCAGCAAGAAUUUUCAUCCAUGGACUGUGCUGAGGCCCUGGGUCCCAGCCAGGAUGCAGCCUGUGGUGAAGGCAGAAGGAGAUCCCAAGAUACAGGCUCUUUGGCACCAAUAGAAGUGAGCAGGAACAACCACAGCCUCAGAAACAGCCUCAACGCCCCUUCAGCCAUUCCUGGCUCUCAGGAUGUCUUUGCCUCAAGCUUUAGUUUCAUUCAGCAGUCGCUUGGCUUUGCUGGGGAACGUGGAGAAGCAGAAGGUUGCCUGCCAUCCAGAGAGGCUGAGUCCCCUCAUCAAAGUCCCCAGGAGAUAGAACUCAAAGCCUCCAGCUUGGACACACCCCAUGAGGACCCUCCAUAUCUCUCUCAGUGCUUUGGUCUUCCAGCCCCUGGGGGCUCUGCAGACUUGGCCCAGGUGGUGGGGAGCAGCCGCUGCCCAGAACAUGAGAUGCUUUCUUCAGUGGACAUGGACCCUGGCUGCUCCUGUUGCCCAGCUCCCUCGCUGGCUGACUGUCAUGGUGAAGAGCACAGUGGCUCAGUGAAUGCCCACUGUUGGACGGCGCUGCUCAGCAAGUGGGAACCUGCACUGCUGGACUGCCUGUCAAGCAACCAGAGGAAGCUAGAGGUGACAUCCUUAAGAUUAAAGCUUCAGAAACUUCAAGAAAAUGCGGUUCAGGAUGAUGAUUAUGAUAAAGCUGAGAUACUAAAACAAAGAUUAGAAGAUCUGGAGCAAGAGAAAAGCAGCCUGCACUUUCAGCUCCCUUCCAGGCAACUGGCUCUCAGCAGCUUCCUGAGACACUUGGCAGCACAGGCCCAGGCUGCCUUGCACCAGGCCAUCCAACAGGCCAGCAGUGACAACACCCAGGCCAGAUGCAGAACAGAUCCGAGCCUGUUGGAAUCCACUGCUCAGGAAAACCUGUGCGUGUCCCUCACCAGGCGAGACUGGCUUCUGCAGGAAAAGCAGCAACUGCAGAAAGAAAUUGAAUCUCUCCAAGCAAGGAUGUCUGUGCUGGAAGCAAAAGAUCAACAGCUGCGACAGGAAAUAGCAGAUCAAGAGCAGCAACUCCAGUGGCAGGGCUGUGAUUUGAUGUCCCUGCUGGGCCAGCUGUCCCCUGGCCAGCUGCAGGACAUUAGCAAAGCCUUGCGGGAUACCCUGGACUCAGCCAGUCAGGUUCCUUUCUGUGUGGAGCCACCUGAAACCAUAAAGAGCCUCCAGGAUAGGAUAAAAUCCCUCAACUUGUCACUUAAAGAAAUCACUGCUAAGGUGUGUAUGAGUGAGAAACUCUGCAGCACUCUGAGGAGGAAAGUGAACGAUAUUGAAACCCAACUCCCAGCACUGCUUGAAGCCAAGAUGCUUGCUGUAUCAGGAAACCACUUCUGUAUAGCUAAGGACCUCAUGGAGGAAAUUAGAUUGUUAGCAACAGAGAGAGACGUGCUGGAGGGAGUCCUCAACAAGCUGUUGAUGCUGAGUUCCAGGAAUGUCCAAAAGUUGAGAAAUGUUAAAGAAGAUUACACCAGACUGAGCAGAGAACUAGAGCACCUGGAAACUGCCUAUGAAGCAGGUGUGAAGGAAAGUACCGUGAAAUACAUGGCAAUCCUUGAGGAUAAACUAGGCAGCUGCAAGUGUCCCCUGCUUGGAAGAGUGUGGGAAGCUGACUUGGAAGCUUGUCGACUGCUUAUUCAGAGUCUGCAGCUACAGGAAGCCAGAGGCAGCCUGCGUGUGGAAGAUGAGGGGCAGAUGGGUGACUUAGAGGGAGCUGCCUGGGCAGUGACUCCCACCAUCCCUCCCAGUACCCACUCUGAAGAUGAGAGGACAACCCCUCUGCAAGCUGUCCAAGAGUGGAAGGCUCAUCAUUCCCCCUCCCCUCACUGCAGAGGAGGCGAACAAGAAGAGGAAUCUUACAUCGUUUCUGCAGAACUUGAAGAAAAAUGUGAAGCCAUAGGCAAGAAGUUACUGUACUUAGAAGAUCAACUUCACACUGCCAUCUACAGUCAUGAUGAGGAUCUCAUUCAGUCUCUCAAGAGGCAGCUCCAGAUGGUUAAGGAGACGCUGCAGGUCAUGAUCCUGCAGCUCCAGCCAGAAAAGGAGGCAAGAGAAAGAGAGGCUGCAGUUUCCUGCACGACAGCUGGUGUCCGGGAAGCACAGGCCUGA